GUGUAUAAAGUAGGUUUUCUGGAAAACAAGGUGUGUAGGAUUAUACACGAAGAAAAGAUUGAAACGCAUCCAAUAUUUAUUCGCCUAUACAUUGGGACAAUUCCAAACAAACAAGAUGACACAGGCAAGGGCAUUCAAAAACAUGACGCCUGCAAAGAUUUUCAUAUGACAAUAGUUAAUAAAGAUUUGAAAUCAGCAUACAUGAAAUAUGGUCGGAAUGUAUGUGCAGAAAAAAAAGGUAUAGAAGAGAGAGACACAGGCAAAUCCGUUUUGAUUGUUGGAGCUGGUCUAUCAGGGCUAUCGGCAGCUUUUGAAUUGGAAAAAGUUGGAUACAAUACCCAAAUACUUGAGCUACAACCCCGAGUUGGUGGCAGAACACAAACUCUUCGCGAUGAAUUCUCUGCUGGUUUACAUGCUGAAGGUGGUGCAAUGAGAAUUCCCCCGAACCAUUACCUGACCAAUGUAUAUAUUGAGAAAUUUGGCAUUCUGGUACGACCAUUCUGUAGCUACACUGGUAAUACCUGGAUACUUAUAGAUGAACAUGAAAAAAUUAAAACAAAAGACUGGAAAGAAAAGAAUCGAAUGUACUCUACGAAAUGUUUUCCUGGAUGGGACUCAAACCUACCAGCUAAUAUACGUCCUAGUGUGGACGGGAUACUUGAUUUAUAUGAGCGCACAAUGCAACCAGUGAUAAAAGAACUGUUUUCAUUAAUUAAUGAAAAAGAGCCACAUGUUGGUUGGAAUGAAUGGGUUGAAAAAUGGAGCAAACUUUCGGUAGAGGAGUUCCUAAGAACAAAUGGCGACUCUAUUUACCGACCAUGGCCGGAAGAAGCUAUCAGGGGAUUACGGGUUGCAACAUACAGCCCUGCGUUUGGAACUAGCUUGGUUGAACAUUUAAGAGAUGAAUUAAGCAAAUGGUGGGCAAACGACUUGCAAACUCCUGUUGAUGGCAUGGAUACCAUUGCCAAGAACUUUAUUAAACCUCAAUUUGGAACAAAAGAGAAAACUAUUGAUCUAUCAAAAAAAAUAACAUUUGGUUCGAAAGUCCGAACUGUAAAAAGAAUCUCGGAAAACAACGUUGAAAUUACUGCGCGAAAUGUUAUAACAGGCACAGACCGAACAUACACAGCAAAUGCCGUUAUUCUUACGGUCCCAUUGGCCAUUCUACGGCAGAUAGAAGGUGAUAUUCCAGAACAUCAACGCAGUGUCUUAAAAAAUAUUCAUUAUCGAUCAUCUACUAAAGUGGUUCUCCAAUGCAAAAGCAGAUUCUGGGAAAAACAAGUUGGUCAAGUUGGAUUCUUAAAAACUAAUCUACCAAUUGGUCAGUUACACUAUCCUAGUCAUAAUGACCCACCUCCACCAAACGAAAGGGGGCUUUUGGUUGUCUAUAUAUGGGAACAAGACGCCAUCAUAUUCGGCUCUCAGCCACACGCAGAAGCAAUUGAUAGCGCAGUACGAGAAAUCACAAAAAUUCAUCCUGAGAUGGAGAGCGAGUUUGAAGUUGGAAUGGUUCAGGCUUGGUUCAGCGAUAAUGCAGAACAAGGCGCACACUCCUGUCUCCAGCCAUAUCAGUACAACAAUGGAAUGAAAACUUUGAUGAAACCAGAACAUCCAAUCUAUCUAGCUGGAGAAGCAAUCUCGUACUCUAAUGGAUGGAUACAAGGGGCUAUCGAAUCUGGCCUUACUGCCGCUUAUCAUUUGUACUGCCAUAAUCAACAUUGAUAAUUUUGUUUACAUAGUGUUUGUUAAACAAUAACUACACCCUAACUUCAAAUACACAUUUCAAUUCGCAAUUGACAAACAUGAUCAAUAACGAAAGCACGAUAUCAUUAUAACUCUUAACAGGAAUGUUUUACUCAGAGUGUCUUUGCUUAUUUUAACCAUUAGUAAAAGGAAAAUUAUUGAUAUGAUGUUUUAUUUCAAAUGUAAAGGAAAGUGCUUUAGUUUUAUCGCAUUACAAAUUGUAACCCGAAGGUUCAUUUGAUUAAAAAGAAGAAACGAA